AUGAAGACUAUGAUUUUAUUGUUUUUUCUUCUGGGAUCAACUCAGGCAUUACCAAUGCAGCUCGCCCCUGCUUUGGGACUUCCCCCAGCUCAGCUGGUUCCAGAUCAGACAACCCUACUGAACCAACAGCAACCAAAUCAGGUCUUCCAUCCUUUAAGUCUAAUACCAUUGACACAGAUGCUCACACUGGGGUCAGAUCUGCAGCUGCUAAAUCCCCCCGCAGGGGUGGCACCUGCUGCCCAGACCCUCCCACUGGCCCUGGGGGCGUUAAACGUCCAGCAGCAGCUGCAGCCACAAAUGUUACCACUUAUUGUAGCGCAACUUGGAGCCCAGGGAACCAUCCUAAGCUCAGAGGAAUUGCCACUAGGCUCGCACGUCUUCACAGGCUUCAUCUUCCAGCCCUUGCUCCCCGGAGCUAUCCUACCCAGCAGCCAGGCUAAUCCGGAUGUCCAGAACAGAAUCCUCCCUGCAGGACAAGCAGGAACAAAUCCCUCCAUCCAGGGAACCAAUAGCCCCUUCCUGACCCCUGGUGGCACAGACACUGAUGACGACUUUGAAGUGACCACCCCUGCAGGCAUCCAGAAGGGGGUGCAUGUUCCUGAGGGAACCACCACAGGGUCCCCAAAUGGAAUUCAGUAA